UCAUUCAGCCUAUUUUCCAAGCCUGCGGGUUACCAAAGUCCGCUUAUUUUAUGUCGUGAAAUGUUUGCUAUGGGACAGUGAGGAGGAUGUCGGUUUGUCUCGCGCUCAUCCGUACCUGUCCGCGCGCAUGGAGCGUUCAGACGCAGGUGCAGCAGGAGAGGCCGCUGCUGGAGACGUGCGCAGGACAGUGGCGGCGUUCAGCUGUCCGACUGUGGCCACAGCACGAAUCACUUUACCUGGAGUGAUGGACGCGGAAGGCAGGGUGGACGAGUCCAGAUUGAGGAGGCAUGUUUUCAGAAACGUUGGUCUGCUUCCUCAUGAGAGAAGCCUUGUGUGGCGUUUUCUGUUUGGAAUGUAUCCCUGCAGUUCCACUGCUCUGGAGCGCCCCCUGCUGCUGGAGCAAUUGGUCGUCCGAUACCAGGUCAUGAAAGGAAAGUGGCAACGGUUACUUCCCUCAACAGUGAACAUGCACAUCAAUGGCACAGAUGUGGAAUUAAUAGUAGCCAUUGAAUACUUCAACAAGAGACAGGCUCGGGUCAAACAAGAGUCCCUGGAGUACAGAGACGAGAUCAGAGAGAGGCUGGCCUUCUUGGAGCUCCAGGCACAGAUCUUGUUUGAGCGGUUCACCCUGGAUCAAGAGGAGCUACAGGAAGCAAUAAGAAUAAUAGACAAAGAUGUGCCACGAACAAACAGAGACCUGAGCUAUUACAAAGGUGAGGGCUCAGGUAAUCUCUUGGUCUUAAGAAAUAUCCUCAUCACUUAUGCUGCUUUUCAUCCAGAAGUGAGUUAUGCACAAGGAAUGAAUGACCUGUGCAGCCGCUUCCUGGAGGUUCUGGACUCAGAAGUGGACACUUUCUGGAGUUUCUCCUGUUACAUGGAGAAGUUUUCAAAGGACUUUAGAGCUGAUGGGCUGCACCGAAAAAUAGAAUUGGAGGCAGCAUUACUCAAAGAGCUGGACCCACAGCUCUAUGGCCACCUAAUGACUAACAACAUGGAGAGUUUCACCUUUUGUCACCGAUGGCUGCUGCUGGGCUUUCAAAGGGAGUUUAAACACAGCGAGGCUCUUCGUCUGUUUGAGAUCCUGAGCUGUGACCACUUGGAGCUGGUUUCUCAGCAAGUGGAGCGCGCACGGUACCAGGAGAGACUGGCACAAAAGAGGGCCUCAGACAGUGGUACCCAAACACAUCUGCAAAGCAUCAACCCAGACUUCACAUUUGAGCUGUUCAUCUGUGCGGCCAUUCUUCUGGAAAACAGGGGCUUUCUGUUAAGGUGUCGAAAUGAUGUCCAGCUAAUACAGUUUGCAAACAGUCUUCAAGGAACUCUGGACCUAAAUAGCACUCUGAAGAAAGCAGAGCAGCUGUUCUUCGACUACUGCAAGCGCCGCUCUUGGGAUUACCUGAGUAGACACUGCCAACAACCCAGCGACAGCGGAGACCUUUUCUAUCUUCUACGUAAUUUCUUUGUAUUGAAAUGAUUUUAUUAAGAAAUCAGGGAUACAAAAUGCUGCUGUGAAAAUAUACAAUAAUAUGUAUGUACAUUUGUUUUUGUAUUUAUUUUUAAAAAGUGGACAAUAUCUAAAAUAUCGC